ACCAUAUGCAGGAAUGCCUAUAACUCUGGACGACCUCCCCAACGAGCUGCUGGACCACAUAACCCACUACAUCGAGCACUGGUCGCUACUUCCACCGCGACUAUCAGUCUACGGCAUCUUGUCUGGCGUAAACCGGCGUCUGCGCGCCUUCGCAUUACCCAGAUACUUCUCUACUGUGUGCUUGCCCGUACGGGCCACAAGCGAGCGCUGGCAACUGUACGGUCUUGAGCCAGGUCCUUUGGGCAGACUGGACGCGCUAUUGAGCAGUCAUCCGUCGUAUAAAACGUAUAUAAGGCAUAUAAACGUCGGCCCAAAGCAACUUCCAUCGAUGACAGUGGAAUGGCAAGCUCGCCCUGAGCUGCCAUAUUACGCAAAAGGUCAACAUACUGACACCCAAGAAUGCUUCUGGCAUUACUUCGACUCCGAGCAGACGUCCGACUCUUCAUGGGAUUUGCUCAGCUUUGUAUCAUUCAUCAUUCACUUCGGCCCUUCCACACUUCCAUUCUUCUACUCCUGCGAGAACUUGCGUCGCCUGUGCAUACGCUGGGACGACCAGGUAUUCCCAGACCUGUCUUGCUUUCCUCGCCUUGAAGAAGCGCGACUGGAAGGACGGGCGAUAUCCCGCGCCGAAUAUAUGCGCACGUGGUAUCGUGCACCCCUCGCGAAGCCAUGUCUAUCCCUAGAAAGGCUGGCUGUUCACGGCGGAAUCGCGAUCCCAUUCAACUUCGUGAAACAUCUGCACGAGUUGUAUCCUAAUCUCCGCGUCCUCUCCGUAAUCCGUGCCGCCCUGGCUGCACAGGAUAUUUUGCACUCCGUUGGAAAACACCUCGUGCUGGAGGAGGUCAACGCGCAAUUCGUGCCGGCGGAUGCGAUGCGUACGUGCCGCUUGGAGAACCUCGUUAAGAUCAUAUCUGGCCUCGAACGAGAUUGGCCUUUCAACAUUGCAGCUGGGACGAAGGUCUUCUCGCCGGUAGAGGGACGACACGCUGGCUGGACAGAACUUAUCGUCAGCGGCUUCGCAUUCGCGCGCGAAAGGCGGACUGGACGACGCGCGUCGGACCACGAUCCACUCUACGACAUCACUUCCCUGGCGCUACAAUACAUCGAGGCUGAAUACCAGCCAGGACAUUUCGACAUACUCUUGGCUUUGCUCCAGACACCCGCGAAAUUUCCCUAUAAGCACAUUCGUCAUCUGGCUCUCUCCUGCUACGACGAAGGCCUCCUUCACGUCCGUCCAGUCGACGACUUUCUGGCCCACCUUGGAGUACUCCUCUCAGACUGGGACUCGCUCGAGACGUUCACUCUACACCACGAUCUCACUGAGAAGACAUGGCCUCACAGAAUUGGCGCAUACGUUCCGGUCCUUGACGAUAUGUAUGUCCCUACCGACAGGGCCAUGUUGGAGGGCUUCGAUCGUGCAUUGUGGUCCUGCUUGCAGCAUUUGCCGCAGCGGCAGAAGAAGCACGUCCUCGAGGAGCUAGGACGCAUCGCCGGUCGCGAGAUCGAUAAACAUUUACUCGCGGCGUGCGCGCACUGGCGGACAGGUGCCCCAAAUUGCGGAAAUGCCGACUAUACGUCGAUUCGCAUUGGCAUGAGACGUCCUUGGCGUACACGAUCCGUCGUGCCGACGAAGGGUCUCGAUGCAAGGCGUUGCUGCGGGCGUCAUGGCCGGAUUGCUUGUCGGGAGAGACCGCCCCAUUCCUGACGCUCGUAGGGAAGGAGCUGCGCGCUGCCAAGCAGGCAUGGAUCAGAGACCGUGACCGAUAGAUGUUCUGAGCUUGUACAGUCGUUGACCACGUGAUUUGACACCAUCAGUCACGUUUGACACCAAAGGAA